GCGGCGGCGGUAACAGAGCGGAGGAAUUUCGGGGCCACAAACCGGUCGGUGGUUGGGUUGCAGCAGGUUGGAGAUCUCUCUGCAGACCGCACCAUGGCUCUCUCCAAGGCGCCCUGGGACUGAUCGGGUACACAAGCGACAAAUCGCUGUAAACAGCCGCCAGCUGAAGCCACUAGGAUCCGGGAAUAUGUGCCAUUACGCUAUCUGAUGAGCCCGUUCACUUGGCACAGUAACAUUUCUCUUACUCAUUGCUGUGUAUUGACGCGUGUAUUUGGAUAAAGGACCUGUGCGCUUGGGAACACCGGACUGGAAUGCCAACAAGAUUAUCCUGCAGUUCCAAGAUCUUGCUGUAAAAUUCUACUGUUGGCUUCAAGUCCACCGGAAUAAAAGACCUAAUCAGCGCAAAGUCUAGUUGAUGACUGUAACGCACCCUCUCCCAAAGUCAUCUGACCCUCCUCCUGUCCCUCCCCAGCAUGGCUAGACGGAGGUUAGACUGCUUUCUUCUAGGCCAGUGCCUUGCUGGCCUGAUCCUGGUAUCUGUAGGACUAUCUUUCGUCCAAAGCAAUGAGUGCCCCCAGCUAUGUGUGUGCGAGAUCCGGCCUUGGUUUACUCCCCAGUCCACCUACAGAGAAGCUAUCACUGUGGACUGCAAUGACCUUCGCUUAACACGCAUCCCGGGAAACCUCUCCAGUGACACUCAGGUUCUCCUCCUACAGAGCAACUAUAUUGCCAGGACCAGUGAGGAGCUGGAGCAGCUCUUCAACCUGACUGAGCUGGACUUGUCCCAGAACAACUUUAGUAGCAUUCGGGAUGUUGGCCUUACCAAUAUGUCCCAGCUCACCACGCUUCAUCUGGAGGAGAACCAGAUCACAGAAAUGCCCGAUUUCUGUCUGCAGGACCUCAGCAACCUGCAGGAGCUCUACAUCAACCACAAUCAGAUCAACACCAUCUCUGCCAAUGCCUUCUCUGGGCUCCACAACCUGCUCAGGCUUCACCUCAACUCCAACAAGCUUAAGACCAUCAACAGCCAGUGGUUUGAAUCUACGCCCAAUCUAGAGAUCCUCAUGAUUGGGGAGAACCCCGUUGUUGGAAUAAUGGACUUUAAUUUCAAACCCCUGGGCAACUUGAGAAGCCUGGUUUUGGCUGGGAUGGAUUUGACCGACAUCCCCGGAAAUGCCUUUGUGGGACUUGACAAUCUUGAGAGCCUCUCUUUCUAUGACAAUAAGCUGGUCCGAGUUCCUCAGAGAGCUCUUCAGAAGCUACCUAACCUUAAGUUCUUGGAUUUGAACAAAAACCCAGUGCACAAAAUUCAGGAGGGAGAUUUCAAAAACAUGCUGAGGCUGAAGGAGCUGGGUAUAAACAACAUGGGAGAGUUGGUUUCUAUUGAUCGUUACGCUUUGGACAACCUUCCUGAGCUCACAAAGCUGGAGGCUACAAACAACCCCAAGUUCUCCUACAUCAACUGUCAGGCCUUUCGUGAUGUCCCAGCCUUGGAAAGUCUAAUGCUAAACAACAAUGCCCUGAACGCCCUCUAUCAGUCCACAGUAGACACCCUCCCAAACCUACGUGAGAUCAGCAUCCACAGCAACCCUCUUCGCUGUGACUGCGUCAUCCAGUGGAUGAGCUCCAACAAGACCACCGUCCGUUUUAUGGAACCUGUGUCCAUGAUGUGUGCCAUGCCAACAGAGUUCAGGGGUAUGCGUGUGCGGGAGGUGCUGCAGAAGAAUGCAGCAAAUCAGUGCUUGCCCAUGAUUUCUCAUGACACCUUCCCCAGCCACCUCAAUUUGGACAUUGGUAUGACUGUGGACUUGGACUGCAGAGCCAUGUCAAAGCCUGAGCCUGAAAUCUACUGGGUGACGCCUAUGGGGAACAAGGUGAUGAUGGACACCCUAUCAGACAAGUACAGCCUCAGCAGUGAAGGGACAUUGAGAAUUUUUCAUAUCCAAGUAGAAGACUCAGGCAGAUACACCUGUGUGGCUCAAAACUCAGAGGGAGCUGACACAAGAGUGAUAGCUCUUCGGGUAAAUGGCACUCUGUUAGACAGCACUCAGCUUAUGAAGAUCUAUGUCAAACAGACAGAAUCCCACUCAAUCCUGGUCUCCUGGAAAAUAAACUCAAACAUAAUGACCUCUAACCUAAAGUGGUCAUCUGCUACCAUGAAAAUAGACAACCCACAUAUUACUUACACUGCCAGAGUACCUGUGGAUGUCCAUGAGUACAACCUUACGCAUUUACAACCAGCAACUGAGUAUGAAGUGUGCCUCACCGUCUCCAACAUCCAUCAACAAACACAGAAGUCGUGUGUGAAUGUGACAACGAAGCAAGCGACCUUCGCUGUGGAAAUAUCCGACCAAGGGACCAACACUGCUCUUGCAGCAGUCAUGGGAACAAUGUUUGCAAUCAUCAGUCUGGCCUCUCUGGGUGUGUACAUUGCUAAGAGGUGGAAAAGGAAAAACUAUCACCAUUCUCUGAAAAAGUACAUGCAGAAAACCUCCUCAAUACCGCUAAACGAGUUGUACCCUCCUCUUAUCAACUUGUGGGAGGCAGACAGUGAGAAGGAAAAAGAGGGCUCAUCCGAGACCAAACCUAGCCAAGUGGACACCACACGCAGCUAUUACAUGUGGUGAAAGCUACUAACUAUCCAGUGGGAGGUAUAGAGACAUGUUUCUUUCAGGAGCACAAAUAUACAUUGUUUGCUUCUUUGUGUAAAAGUGGACUGAGUCAUUCUUUUCUUUCCUGUUUCGUUUUUAUUUUCUUCGGUUCUCUCAGACUUGCUCUUUGAAGCGAACAACGAACCAACAUUUUCAGAUCUUUAGGUUAGCAUUUUGCCUUUUUACCUCUCGCUAAUUUUGACACACAAUAUGGCAGCUUUGUUUAGCUUCCUGGACUUAGUAGUCACUGUGCUUUAUUUUUAGUACUUGUUUUGAUGAACACAGCAUGAGCAUUGUCACUGAUUCAGGAUGCGUGAGCAAAGGAAAAGCUGAAAUCCGACCCGUUUUUGACAUGUUUUCUCUGGCAGAACUGUUAGAGACUGCAAUCUUUCUUUCUCUUGUAAAACAGUUUCACUGUUGACUGUUGUGCACUGAAAUAUAUAUACUAAUUUGUCUAUCAACUGAAAUAUAAGCUGACAAAGUACGUUUAGACUUGAUAUACCGUCUAUUGAAUAAUGUUAGCAAUUCUUCUGUAAUGUUGUAUCAGCUAUGAUUUAAUUUACUUUUUUGUACAUUAAAUAACAGUAUGUUUGAUUUAGACUUUAAGUUUGCAGAGCAACUACUGUAAACCAGCAAUAGAAAUAUGAAUGUUAUAAACUAGGUAAAUAGAUGUAAGGCUUUUUAAAUUUCUUAAAUAUUUCUUUUCUUAUUUUGCUAGAAUAUGUCUACAAUCACUCGUUUUGUUGUGGUUUCCACACACAAACAUGUUGUUUAUU